GCGGCGGCGGGAGAGCGCGGAGGCAGCGCCCGCCAGCGCCGUCCUUUGUGUGGCGGCGGCGGUGGUGGCGGCGGCGCCUGGGCCUGCGCUGGCCGCGCCUGCCCCGGGGGGCGCCGGGCUCCGCGCCGCCCCUCCGCGCCCCGCCCGGCGCGCGCCCAGCCUUCCGAGCAAGAUGGCAACCCCGGCGGCGGUCAACCCUCCGGAAAUGGCUUCAGACAUCCCUGGAUCGGUGACAUUGCCCGUUGCCCCCAUGGCAGCCACUGGACAGGUGAGGAUGGCUGGGGCCAUGCCUGCCCGAGGAGGAAAACGGCGUUCCGGAAUGGACUUUGAUGAUGAAGAUGGCGAAGGUCCCAGCAAAUUUUCAAGAGAGAACCACAGUGAGAUCGAGAGGCGCCGGCGGAACAAGAUGACACAGUACAUCACCGAGCUCUCGGACAUGGUCCCCACGUGCAGCGCUCUGGCCCGGAAGCCGGACAAGCUCACCAUCCUGCGCAUGGCCGUCUCGCACAUGAAGUCCAUGCGGGGCACAGGGAACAAGUCCACAGACGGCGCCUACAAGCCUUCGUUCCUGACGGAGCAGGAACUGAAGCAUCUCAUCCUUGAAGCAGCUGAUGGAUUUCUGUUUGUAGUGGCGGCUGAGACGGGGAGAGUGAUUUAUGUGUCUGACUCUGUGACCCCCGUGCUGAACCAGCCCCAGUCGGAGUGGUUUGGAAGCACUCUCUAUGAACAGGUGCAUCCUGACGAUGUGGAGAAGCUGAGAGAGCAGCUGUGCACCUCAGAAAACUCAAUGACAGGCCGGAUCUUGGACCUGAAGACUGGGACGGUCAAGAAAGAAGGGCAGCAGUCGUCCAUGAGGAUGUGCAUGGGCUCCCGGAGGUCCUUCAUCUGCAGGAUGAGGUGUGGAAAUGCUCCUUUGGACCACCUUCCUCUAAACAGAAUAACCACCAUGAGGAAAAGGUUCAGGAAUGGCCUUGGCCCUGUCAAAGAAGGAGAAGCUCAGUAUGCUGUGGUCCAUUGCACAGGCUACAUCAAGGCUUGGCCUCCAGCAGGAAUGACUAUACCUGAAGAAGAUGCUGAUGUGGGACAAGGCAGCAAAUACUGCCUUGUGGCAAUUGGGAGACUUCAGGUGACCAGCUCUCCUGUAUGCAUGGACAUGAGCGGGAUGUCAGUGCCCACGGAAUUCCUAUCCCGGCAUAACUCUGACGGGAUCAUCACAUUUGUGGACCCAAGAUGCAUCAGUGUGAUCGGCUACCAACCCCAGGAUCUUCUAGGAAAGGACAUUUUGGAGUUCUGCCACUCUGAGGAUCAGAGCCAUCUGCGGGAGAGCUUCCAGCAGGUGGUCAAACUGAAAGGCCAAGUGCUGUCGGUCAUGUAUCGGUUCCGAACCAAGAACCGGGAGUGGGUGCUGAUCCGCACCAGCAGCUUCACCUUCCAGAACCCCUACUCUGAUGAGAUCGAGUACAUCAUCUGCACCAACACCAAUGUCAAGCAACUUCAGCAGCAGCAGGCAGAGCUGGAAGUGCACCAGAGAGAUGGGUUGUCGUCAUAUGACUUAUCGCAGGUUCCUGUCCCCAACCUACCAGCCGGUGUGCACGAGGCUGGGAAAUCUGUGGAAAAGGCAGACGCAAUCUUUUCCCAGGAAAGAGACCCGCGGUUUGCUGAGAUGUUUGCAGGAAUCAGCGCGUCGGAGAAGAAGAUGAUGAGCUCAGCCUCUGCAGCAGGAUCUCAGCAGAUCUAUUCCCAAGGGAGCCCAUUCCCCGCUGGACACUCGGGGAAGGCCUUCAGCUCUUCAGUGGUUCACGUCCCUGGCGUGAAUGAUAUCCAGUCCUCCUCCUCAACGAGCCAGAACAUGUCCCAAAUCUCCCGGCAGCUGAACCAGAGUCAGGUGGCCUGGACGGGGAGUCGGCCGCCCUUUCCCGGACAGCAAAUCCCCUCUCAGUCCAGCAAGACUCAGUCUUCCCCGUUUGGAAUUGGAACAAGCCACACCUACCCGGCGGACCCUUCCUCCUACAGUCCUCUCUCCAGCCCAGCUACCUCCUCGCCCAGCGGGAACGCCUACUCCAGUCUUGCCAACAGGACUCCAGGGUUCGCUGAAAGUGGACAAAGUAGCGGGCAGUUCCAGGGGCGGCCCUCGGAAGUCUGGUCGCAGUGGCAAAGCCAGCACCACGGACAGCAGAGCGGUGAGCAGCACUCCCACCAGCAGCCCGGUCAGACUGAAGUGUUCCAGGUAAAUCAGCGAGCACCACCUUCUCGUAGGACAUGCUGCCCAUGCCAGGAGAUCCAACCCAGGGGACUGGCAACUAUAACAUCGAAGACUUUGCCGACCUGGGCAUGUUCCCACCGUUUUCUGAGUAGCUGCAGGCAGAGCGAGGCUGCCACUGUGUGGUGCCCCCAGGGCUGUGAUACCAACACCCACGUGAACGGGGCCCACCCUUGCCCUACUUGCCUAGCCACAGGACCCCUCAGCAGAAGGCAUCCCACCCCCUGCAUUUCCCUGGCCACAGCAUUGCUCAGCUUCUAACCCACAGCCGUGGCUGCUCGGGCCCUGACCAGGAGCCUGGCCGACGGGGAUGGUGGUGUUAUUUGUAUUUUAUCUGUAUGUGCUUGGGGGGCCAGCCCAUUGGGUCCUUAAACUCUCAUUAUGAAUAAUCUCAUAUUAGACAAUUUUCACCUGUAAAAAUUCAGUUAUAGCCCAGAGAGCCCAAGCAGGACCCUCAGGCCUGCCCAGGAAGCUGGAAUCUGGUCCCUUCUGUGGACAGACGGGGGCUCAGGCGGUGUUGGGGAAAGAAGCGGGCACGAAGCGCAGCCUUUGCUGUUGGAGCUGGGGGUGAGGAGCCCAGGGAUGUCAGGGUGGACGCUGGCUCCUCUGUCCCCUGGCUUAGUCCCGUCUGUCUGUGCGUCCGUUGUACUGUGGGACAUGUGUGCUUCGUCAGUGUGCCGUGAAUCCCUGUGCCCAUGUCUGUCGUGUGGAGCCAGAGUGAGUGUCUAGAAUCCCAGGUGUGAGACUAGAGGGACAGCCCGGAUAUGCAACCCCGUCCAAGCUAAGUGGCCCUGGGGCCAGAGGAAGCUGAGCUCGGGGCCUGGGUGCUGGGCUGAUGGGCGGAGCUGAGCAUCACCAAUGGUCCUGGCCGGGAACCCCUCAACUUGAUAGGUCGAUUCUUUGGUCCAAGCCCCCUGAUGCAGAUCGAGUCCUCCUCUGAGAGGCACCGCCCCUUCCUAUGAAGGAGACUCCACGAGACCACCCGCCCUUCUCUCACUGGGUCUGAAGAGCCACCCCUCCUGGUUCUCCCAGGGGGUUCUCAUCCUUGCCCUGUUGGUGAGAGAUGGGCUUUGUCCCUGCCCGACACCCGCAAGGGGGCCCUGUGAGCUGACAGCUACCCCAGUCCGCUGUGGAGCUGUGCGGGGGAGGGCAGGGGGCUUCUUCUGUGCCAGGCACAGUGCUUCCCCAGGACCAGCCGCCAGAGAUGGGGAGGAGUGAACCCAUGCAUGGACCUGGCAUCUCUGAGACACCCCGCCAGGCCACCUGAGCCUUCUUUCUUCAACCAGCUGGAGCCGUGGCGUCUCUGAGGCAGAAGACGCAGGCUGCCGUUCUGGUCCCAGUUCUGAUUCUAGCCCCAUGCUCACCAGGGCCUUGAAUUCCUCAGGUGGUCUCAAAUGGAGUGAGAGCUAGCUUCUAGCAGCUUCUGCCUGGCUGACCUCUGAGCCCCUGGUCCCUGACCUCUGAGCCCCUGGUCCCUGGCUUGCCGUGUUGCCCUCAGAUGUGAGUUUAAGAAUCCACCCCCCUGUUUUCGCUUUCCUCUGCCUCCUCCCACGCCCUUUAUCCCAAGGAAAGAAAUUCCCUGUUCUGCUCUUUUCCUGGCGGCCACCCUCCUGUCCUGCAUCCCCAUUCCACCUGCUCACCAAGGAGGCGUCCACCAUGGGAAAGCCCUCCCUUCGGGCAGACCCCCUCCAGCACCUGGCUGGGAAACAACCCAUGGGUCCCCGUCCCCCAGAUUCCAGAGGGCCGAGCAGAGUAGUGGUGUUCUAGGCCGCCUGUGUGUGGCAUGAGCCCAGCCUGCAGGAAGGAGCCUGUGGGGGGCGGGCG